UGAUACUUAUAGAGUUCGUGGUAAGUUUUUGGUCCUGUGACGUCUUCGUAUCUAUACAUCGUAUGUGCACAUUGUAUCUGCAUUGCGAAUGAAUAAUAGCAAUAAAAUCGUGGAUAAUUAAUAUUGCACUAAAUGAAAUAAAAAUAUUUAAAAAAACUACAGGCCUCAAUCUAAAAUUGACAGUUUGACACUUUAACAAGAGUGUAUUAUUCUGCGUAGUAGAUUCAAUGUAAUCGUUUUUUAUUCACCUAUUGGUUAGUAGAUUUUGAACGAAGAUUCGCAAGUGAUUAAAGUGCCCGUUGUUGGGCAUAAAAUUGCAAAAAUUGCGUACAUCUCGCGAGAAGAUAUGCCAGACAGUGGUGCUGUUUAUCAACCCACAACAGUGGGUUAUACGUAUGAUAGCGGAGGUGAUGGUGCUGGAGGUAGUGGAGGUUUAAGAAAUGGUUUCUGGAGGAUUAUAUCCAGACAUAAACUUAGUUCUAGAAGAUGGUUUGAAUGGGUAUUACUAUCGGUCGCUGUGUCGUCUUUUGUUGCUGGUUUAACAACAAUGUUAGUCAGUUUUAUAUCUGAUGGCACGUCACAGGAAAAUAAAUUUCAGAUAAAGAUGAAUGAACCUUCAACAACAUCUGCAACAAAUAUCGAAGAACAAGUUGAAGAUACUGCAAAAAGUUCCAUAGCAUUAGGUGCAGGUAUGAUGUUGAUAGGACUCCUGUUGGGUUUUGUCUGGGCAUGGCUCCGCUUCUUCCAUCAUGGCAAAUCUCCAAGAAGCGGAAUGGUUGGAAGCAGUGGUCAGUACGGGCCAGUACUCACGGAGCUGCCGAGUCAACUGAAGCUGAAACAAACAACUCCCCAUGACGUUUCGGCAAUACCACUUUCUGAUCAAGAGGAGGAAACACGUACCCUAAUGCAGGAUUCUGUGAUUCCCUCAGCUGUUUCUUCUGGUCCUAAUACCAUUGCUAAUCAGAUUCCAGGUUGAGUACAAAAGUUAAGUCUGUCAUUGUGUAGUAAAAACACAUGAUACGGACAUUCUAUUAAUUUUAUGUGAAUUAAUAAGAAUCACAGUUUCUGCCAUUUGUCAUAUACCUGAUUUAUUUACAAACAGGAUAAUUAAUCCUCCUUAGCUUUUUCCAGUAGCAACUUUAGUCAAUAUUAAGUCUGUAAAUUCAAUUGCAUUUUUUGCCUAAGUAAUUUUAAAAUGUAAAAAGUUUUAUUUCUGUAGAUUAUUGGCACAAGUUUUAACAUAAGGUAUCAUGUAAUUAUAUUUGUCCCGGUUUUAAAUUUGACCCCUGGCUUUAACCUAUGCAUUCCUCCACUCCGUCCAUUAUAAUUGGUAAUAUGUUAGAUGAGCAUUGGAUCCAGAUAUUAUAAAUGGAAAAUUAAAAAAAAAUCUGAAUUAAAAUGUUUUUCUCUUUUUAAUUUUCAAUAUUCUUUGAAUGAAUUAUAUCUUUAGUAGUAAUACUAAUAUCAAUUUUACAAUUAGUAUAACAAUCAUUUUCCUUCAUGCCAGUGCAUUAUUGGUCAGAGAAACGGACCAGUUAUGAAUACUUGUAUAAACAAAUGGUUAUUCUAUCCAAAUUAAAUACAAUGGCAACAUUUAUUGUGAUUGACAAUAUCUUUAAUAAAAUGUUCGCUCAACUAUAUGUAGAUGGAAAAAUAAGCUUUAACGUGUAGUGGUAUUAGCAAAGUAAACGAUUAUGUACAUAUAUAUUAAGAUAACGUACAUAAAUUACAAUACCAGGCAAUUUCUUUUUUCAAAUUUCAUUGGAAUAGGUAUGAUACAAAGCAGUGAAAGGAAUGCACUGCACAAUGUUUGUUAUAUUGUUUUAUCACUUUUUAUACUUGCAUUAUUUAUAGUUAAUGUAUUUAAUUACAUACAGUUUAAUUAGUAUGUCUAUUACAAAUACAUUUUUAUAUGUAUUUAAACGUUUCAAUGAAUUUUGGACUCUGUUUUAUUAACUUUUCGCAUAUCUAUUGAGACUGGGUAAUAUAUGUAAAUAUAAGAUAAUGUAU